AUGGCGUCCUCCAACUCCAAUGUUGCCUCGCAAAGGCUUGCAUCUAUCUCUCGUCAAUUCUCUUCGACGCCGGUGGUAGGCGCAGAAAUCAAGAAGCUCGGAGUAAUCGGUGCCGGUCAGAUGGGCCUCGGUAUUGCCCUUGUGGCAGCGCAAAAGGCACAGGUCCCCGUGACAUUGGUGGACAGUUCACAGCAAGCGCUCGACAAAGGUCUUACGUUCGCAGACAAGCUCCUAGCGAAAGAUGUGUCGAAACAGAAGAUAACAGAGGAGAUUGCAAAGGCCACAAAAGAUCGGUUAAAGUUCACCACGAAGAUGGAAGAUCUGUCAGAUGUUGACAUGAUCAUCGAAGCUGUUCCGGAAAUUCCUGCCCUAAAGGAGAAGAUAUUUGCACAGAUUGCAGAGAUAGCGCCCCAGCACGCAAUCCUAGCUACUAACACCUCAAGCAUUAGCAUCACCAAGAUCGCUCGUGCGACUUCCAAAGACCCAACCGACACAUCUGCUUCAUCCCGGGUCGUCUCCACACACUUUAUGAACCCGGUCCCUGUCCAGAAAGGUGUCGAGAUCAUUUCUGGCCUGCAGACCUCCCCCGAAACUCUCAAGGCUGCUGUGGCCUUCUGCGAGAAGAUGGGCAAGAUUCCUUCUGUCUCGCAAGACGUUCCGGGCUUCCUGGCUAACCGAAUCCUAAUGCCUUAUAUCAACGAAGCCAUCGUCUGCUUGGAACAAGGAAUUGGAACAAAAGAGGACAUCGACAGCAUUAUGAAGAAUGGAACAAAUGUCCCCAUGGGACCGUUGACCUUGGCUGACUUUAUUGGUCUCGAUACUUGCCUCUCCAUAAUGGAGACUUUACAUGCCGGUCUUGGCGACAGCAAGUAUAGACCAGCUGUGCUCCUCCGACAGUACGUUGAUGCAGGGUGGUUAGGGAAGAAGAGCGGCAAGGGGUUUUACGACUACAAAUGA